AUGUCUCAGAAUGUGACUACCAACACAACUAUUCAAACCAUCGCACUAAUAUGCAUACUAGUGGGCAUUGUUCUCUUCUCGGUACAUUAUGGUCGACGAGUGGAGGAUUCGCCGAUGAAUACGACAUGUAUUGAUGACUUCAAUACAACCGCAAACAUAACAACGAUGAUACAUACAAGCACACCAGAGCUAAUAUGUUACCCGACAUUUAGACAACUGUCAACAAAAACUUGUUCAAAUAUAUAUGAAUCUAAGAGUACUAUUCAUGAUUUAAAUGCUGAUAAUCAAGUUGACGUAAUUUUUCAGUGUGGUCAUAAUUGGGCAUGGUAUGUCUAUUUGGUCUUAAUGCAGAGUGUCAAUUAUAUCCGGUCUCUUGUUAUUUUAUACGGUAAUAAUACCGGAAUAUUCUCAACAGAAAAUACGCACUCGGUAGUUCUGGGAAAAGAUAUAAAAAGCUUCGUUGUAGUUAACUUCAAUGAUGAUCAAAUAUUGGAUAUAUUUUGUUUGAACAUUUCAUCUAUAGGUAUUAGUAUAUUUUUCGGUCGAGGAAAUGGAACAUUUUCGACAGGCUUAAGAUUACGUACGACACGCAACGUUAAUACGCUCGAGUGUGUUAUUGGUGAUUUUAAUUAUGACAACUAUUUCGAUAUUGCUAUAAUGAAUAAGGAUACUCUUCACAUUCAGGUAUUUUUCGCAAAUAGAAAUCAAACUUUUCGACCGGAAGAAUAUGCUUUCACUGCAAUAGACAUCGUACUGAUUGCUGAGCGGGAAUCAUACGAAGUCUACGGUCGUCUUGGAGAUGGAAAUGGAAAUUUUCAAGAGCAAAUUAUUCAUACAUAUUCAUUUGAUGGAUCUUCCAAAUGGAACGAUGUAGCAGAUUUUAACAAUGAUAAUUACUCAGACAUACUUAAUGUCAAGAAGAGUUCUGUGAUCAUAAACGUCUUUUUGAAUACAUGCGCAUGUCUUAAAUAA